AUGCGAUUCUCCCAGUUCUUACUCGGCGCGGCCGCAGUGCUGCCUACUUUGGUGGUAGGGCAGCUAUCUGGAAAAGUUGGACCAUUGACGAGCCACGCGACGAAGACUUCGAAGAAGACUUGCAAUGUCUUAGAUUAUGGCGCGAAGGCUGAUAAAACUACGGAUGUUGGCCCUCCCCUUGCUUCUGCCCACGCUGCUUGCAAAUCGGGUGGUACGGUGGUUAUUCCGUCUGGCGAAUAUGCGAUGAAUACAUGGGUUUCUCUGACCGGAGGAUCUGCUUGGGCGCUGCAGCUAGAUGGUGUUAUUUAUCGCACGGGAACGGCAGGCGGAAACAUGAUCUUCGUUGGCAGCACAAGCGAUUUCGAACUCUUUUCCAGCACGGGCAAAGGAGCGGUUCAAGGCAAUGGCUACGUUCUUCACGCGCAAGGCAGCAGAACCGGAGCUCGCAUUCUCCGCUUAAAUAAGGUUACUAAUUUCUCCGUCCAUGAUGUUGUCCUAGUCGACGCGCCCGCGUUCCACUUCUCCAUGGACACAUGCACGAACGGCGAGGUCUAUAACAUGGCCAUCCGCGGCGGCGACUGGGGCGGUCUCGACGGCAUUGAUGUCUGGAGCAACAACAUCUGGAUCCACGAUGUCAUGGUAACUAACAAAGACGAGUGCGUAACAGUUAAGAGUCCCUCCAAAAAUAUCCUCAUCGAGAACAUCUACUGCAACUGGAGUGGUGGAUGCGCUCUUGGCUCUCUGGGCGCAAACACUGCCAUCUCACUUGUACACUAUAAGAAUAUCUAUACCUGGAGCUCUAACCAAAUGAUGAUGAUCAAGUCGAACGGUGGUAGUGGCUAUGUUGAAGAUACAGUUUUUGAGAACUUCAUUGGUCGUGGAAACGCAUAUUCCCUCGAUAUUGACCAAUACUGGUCCAGCAUGUCAGCUGUCGAUGGAAGUGGAGUCAAGCUGACGAAUUUGACAUUCAAGAACUGGAAAGGUACAGAAGCUAACGGCGCUUCACGCGGACCGAUCAAAGUCAUGUGCGCCGAUGGUGCGCCCUGUACCGAUAUUACCAUCACCGACUUCUCCAUGUGGACCGAGAGCGGAUCCAAGCAAUGGUACUCCUGCCGCUCGGCCUACGGUUCCGGAUUCUGUCUGAAGUCUGGUAGCGGAGCGUCCUAUGCUGCGACGACCUCAACGGUUUCGGCGGCUCCGGCGGGCUAUACGGCGGCAACUAUGAAAGAUGAUUUGAAGACAGCGUUUGGGACUACGCUGAGUAUCCCAAUUCCUACGAUCCCGACGACGUACUACCCCGGGGCGACGCCGUAUAGUAAGAUUGCUGGAACCUAAAGAGAAGAUUGUGGGGAUAGGAGUUGAAUGGGUGAGAGGUAG